AGCCGACUAUCUGUUUGUCAAUUUUAUUCAAUCAAAACAAACAGUAUUUGAAGAAAUCAAACUUUGACUUUAGGAUACUAUGAUCUGCUGAAUUCUGCUGAAGGGUGAUCCGUCUCUUCGUUGAUUGAUUGAUCAAGCAAAAUUUCAGACACUUAUAAGGAGGUCAUGUUUCUGAAUUUAAAUUGCCUAGUAGAUUUUUGGUCUAUUUCUUCUUGGAGCAGAGCUAAGAGUUGGGAAGUUAGGAAUCUUCUGGGGAAAUAAUCAUUUCCAAGUUGAUGGGUCUGCCAGAGCUAUACGUUAUCUGAACUUCAUGGUUAAAUAUCGUAGUUAAAUGUGGUAUUGGUGGGUUUUUCAGGCAGAUGGAAGUUACGUUCUAAGGAGGAGAGCAAAAUAAGUAAUGAUAGGGACAAGGGAAUAAUUGGAUGAUUCUCUUGUAAACCCAGAAGAGUGAGAGGGAAAGGAGCUUCAUGGAACCGGAAGAAGGGGAGAGUUUAGACAUGUAUAGAAACUCAAGUGAGGAGUUGUUCUUGAAAUUGCUAAUGGAAAGCUCGGUUGGGAUGCCAGCACCUACCAUGGAGAUGUUGGGUUUUAAGAACCUUUCUCAGAGUUUUCGGACAGAUAGCGAGGAACUCUUCAAGAGCUGGCUCAAAAAUGGAGAGAAUCAUGGUCAAAAUUUGUCAAGUAUAGCCCACCGCGGCCGACAAGCGUCACGCAGGAUGUCAACUGAACUAGCCAAUCUAACUAGCCAGCAGAAUGGGGAGAAUAUUCAGAAGAAAAGAAGUAAUGAAGUAUUAUUUUUGAAGAAUAAUUAUGUGGGUGAUGAAAAUGCAGGGGACCCUAAUCAACAGUCAGUCAGGAAUGCCGUUGAAAGAGGCAAGCAGGCUAGUAAUUUGUUUUUGGCGAAGGCUUGGUUCCACAGUUCUCAACCCAUGACGAGAAGUCGAUCUUCUGAAUUACGGAGGAGGUAUGCUGCUAUGCAAAGCACUCAAACGGCACUAGGUAUGGAAGCCAUGCACAAUGCUUCUAUACACGGUGUCAAUAAGUUGAAAGAUGGAUAUUCAAAUCAAAAUGGAUUCAAUGAGGCUCCUACUUGUGAGAUUCCAGUUCAGCUAGGCAUGUUCGUGUCACCAUCCAAUUCUUCCUCAUCUACGUUUAGUGCUCCACAAACAGGUAACGUUGAUAAAGUUUCUUCUGUUGUCAGAAUGUUAAAGGGUACAUUAGAACGCAAGAAUCUGACUAACCAAAUUGAGGAAGUAGCUGUUGAAGAUAGCUCUAAUGGUCUUUAUCAUUAUCAAGAACCAUUAUUCAACACUAAUUUCAUUCAAGGACAAGGAAAUUACAUUCAUGACAUGAUAAGUAACUUUCAAGUAUUGCCUGGCCAAGUUAGCGGUAACGGUGUUGUAACAGUUCAAGGGUGGAUGAAUCUUGAUAAAGGUGGUUUUGCAAACCCCACAAACACAAUCCAGCCAAUCAUGGUUUCUCAUGAACCUUCACAAAGCGAAUCAUCUGCUGCUGCACCAUUAGUAUCAUCUGGUCUUGAUGCCUGUGAUGGCCCCAGCAAUUCAAGUCAAACACUUGGUGUUGGUGAGAGUUCAAGGAAACAAAUAGGAAGCAGUAAGAGUCCAGAGAAUGGUUCUAAAGCCAAAGAUCUUAGAGACCGGAUAAUUGACAAUUUGAAGGAGGAUAAAAAGAGGAGAAAUCUAGCCCGAUAUGGAUCUGUGGCAUCUGCUUGUUCAGUGGACAAAGCAGACCCCACAAAGAAACGUAGAGUAGAAAGAUCCAGAAAGAUGGCGGAGGCUAAAGAAAGAAAUUUGACACCGGCAAUUCCGUCAGAUAUGCAAGCAGUCCUCAAACGAUACGAUAGCGAACCAACCCCACUACAAGAAACUGCUACAUUGAAUCAGAUUAAAAGACACGAGGAAGAGAAGGCCAAGAAACCAAAAGCAAUUGCUGCCUCUUCUCAGCGGUUUCAGAUAGGGUUUUUUCUAGGAUUAUGA